CACAUUGGCUGCGACAUAGCACUGACCCAACCCAUCACCUCCACCAUCCAAGACUUGCAGGCGUAAAAAAUUAGCUGUCGCGAGCGAGACCAGCAGCCCCCAAGCACGCCGUCAAUUGAAACACCACAACACGCGAUCGAUUUAAUUGCCACCGCGCGUCUCCAUCGUUUCCCAUUGUCCAAAGGAACUGAGGGAAACAUCUGGUUUGAUGAAAAACGGAUGUCGCCGUCGCCGAUGACAUGACUGAGGUCCGGGCCCCCGACCGCGCAGCCUUCUUGCAAUCGAAGCGGGCAGAAUGCAGUUCAAUUGUCAUCUCGAGGAAGCGAAAGCUUUGCGAGUUAUUCGCUGUCGCGUCCGAGCAGGUCGGGCUGCCACUCAGCAACGCGGAGGUGCCCUCCACGCAGGCCAAAUCUCAGUUUCUGCAAGCAAAUGACAUCCUACAAAAUCGGAGGGUUAGCGAAUCUACCAUCCCACCUCGACGGAAGCUGCCUCCCGAUGUCGUCAAGCGCUUCCUUGCGUUCUCGGCAUCCUUGGCUCGCGAGGGUCCGCCGACAGCGGCGGCACCUAUCAACGGCGAGCGGCCCGCCGCCCUCACUCACCCAGGGCUUGGUCCUGCCAAUGGCGUGACGCUUCUCUCCCGCUCCGACAACCCUCAGUCGCUUGCGCCGGAUACCGCGCUUUCCCCGCAUCCCGCCCCUCCGGCAGGGCAGAACACAGAUCAUAGGAAGAAGGACAUACAUCACUCAGGCCACGACUUGUCGACGACCGCAACGCCCUCGAGGCCCCCGCCCCUUGCUCCUUCCCUGCCAUCAAUACCCGCCCCCAAUGGCCAGGCCUCCUAUUCCCAGCCUCCGGGCCGGGUCGGCGACAGUUCGGCUCACACCAUCCGGAGAUCACCAGUCCCAUCGUCGUCACAGCCCUGCAACCCAGCAGUAUCCGACCAAGCUAUCGCCCCCCAGGAACCACCUGAGAUUGUGGUGACCGCCCGGGCCAAUAAUGACACGGGCUCAAGCCCGGAUGUUGACGCUGGGGCGAAAUCUACCCGCCCCGCUCCACUAGAGUGCCUUCGAUAUCCAGAGGCCUUUUCGUCCCCUGGAUCUACAACUCACACACCAGUUACCCCUGCUGUCCACGACGCGUCGACAGACACUAGUCCAGACCAUGAGGGUCCCCAAUUUCUCGACAAGGAUGCCCACAUGGUGGGGUUCCUGCCGCCACGAUCGGAAAACGGCCAUGCUUCAUCACACCCUCCCAUCGCCGGUGGACUUGACACUCAAAUGGGUUCCUCCGAUGAUCGGCGAUCCAUUCUCAGUCCCACCAGUGCUCUAGAGGGACGAACGGCGGGUGUUCAUGCGGUCGAAGCUCAACUCCUGCGGGAAUCGGCGGCGGCGACUCGCUCAGCGGCCAGCCCUAGGCCGCAUGGGACCAUACCAGCUGGGCCAGACACGCAUGUCGAUCGACGUGACGCCCAAGCAGUUGUCAGCAAGGAUGUGGAUCUGGAGGACGGGAGGGGCUGCACUCCAUGUCCCACUGGGCCCGAGAUAGUCUCCGCCCCUGAAGCUGUCACCGCGUUGCUUGAGGCGUCUGGCUCUGCGCCUCCAGAUGAAGGGGCCCAGGCUGCCUCGGAGCGCAGAUCUUUGUCGGGCGAGCAGAAGUUGGUCGCCACUCCAGCAAAGGGUGCUGAGGCGACUAAACCCAAUGGUAUCUCACCGGGAUCGCAUAAACUUGCCGUGCCAGAAAAGCCUAUCACGGUUUAUGCGGCUGAUGCCACUAUGGGCAACGGCGGACUUGACACAACAAUUGGUCGCGACCGCCUCACCGCACAAAGUUUACAAGAGGGGGCCCCGCCACGACCCCGGUCGCCGCCGCAGCAGCAGUACCAGCGCAACGCGGAAGUUCUGACCGGCAGGACAUGUGGGGCUACGAUUCGGCAUGUUAGAGCCAAAAAAAGAGCCCGGCGUAAGGUGCCGAUUGUGGCCUUUGGCAGAAGGAAGAAGCAUAAUACAGAAAAGGAGCAAACAGCUCUUGUAGCAGGCAAACCCACACCGGCGCAUCUCUCGGCCGAAGACUACUUCACCACUCUUUUCGUCCAGGGGUUUACACUAAACGCCAAGUGGAUGAAACCCAUCGAUGCGCAGCUUCACCAAUCACACAAGACACUGUCGACACCAGACGCACAGCUCUCGAUCCUCGAGCACCAAGCCUGCAGGGUCCUUAGAAGGGUGUACAAUCUCCAGCAACACGACAAGUGGUCACUGCGGCAACCGAAACGGUACCCAGAGCCGACCCGGCCAUCUUCUCACUGGGAUGUCCUCCUGCAGGAAAUGAAGUGGAUGAGGACCGAUUUCAGGGAGGAGCGGAGGUGGAAGCGGGCUGCGGCAAGCAGCUUGGCCACGGCCUGCGCUGAGUGGGUGGCAGCAGGUCCAGAGGACCGCAUAACAUUGCAGAUCCGUAUCAAACCACCGUCUGUCAUCGAUGGGCAACCUGGCAGCACAGCAGAGACAGAGUCUGGUCCGCGUCCGGAGACCCAGCCGAUGGCGGGCCAGGUAUGUCUCGAUAAGUCUGACACAGGGGGUGGACUGGUCACGACGGUAGCUCCAUCAGCCAUCUUUGGGUUACCUGACGGCGAGGUUGCAUUCGGACUCAGCAGAUCGGCUGCAUCUGACCAACUGCUUGCCGAACUUCCGUUGUUUGGCUCACCAUUGCAUGUGCCAGAGAAGGCGGACUUGACGAUGUCACACCCAGAUCCGGAUGCGCACUGGCGACGCCUGGCGCUGCCACUCAGCCGGUAUGUAGACAGGCCAAUGGUGCCAAAGUCAGGCGGAACUCCCAUAAGGCGCAGCCGGUAUCGCUAUGUCGAGGAAGAGAGCAGCGACGAGGAGGACGAGCACGGAAUCGUGUACAGCAGCAACAGCGACACGAACCAUGCGCCGAACUCAGACAGCAUGCCUUUGCAGAUUGGGACGUGUGCGGUGGCUCUUUUCAGCCCAGACAUGAAGGCAACACGGGACAGGUUGCACGCAGGUCAUCAGUUCAGACCUCCAACUGAGCAUCCUAUGCCUCUGCAGGCUUUCUAUGAGGCACGAAACGCGUCGCAGUGGACUUGGGCUGAAGAUGACGAGCUUAAGGGCCUCGUGCGCGAGUUCUCGUACAACUGGUCGCUGAUCUCCAGUAUGCUCUCGACAAAGUCGCUAUUCUCAUCGGGACCGGAGCGCCGGACCCCAUGGGAGUGUUUUGAGCGGUGGGUGCACCUCGAGGGGCUCCCCAAUGAUAUGUCCAAGACGCAGUACUUCAGAACGUAUCAGGGGCGUAUCGAUGCAGCCCAAGUGGCCAUCGCGCACAAAAACCAGAAUGCGCAACAACAAGUGGCGCAGAACGGGGCUGUGACGCUUCUCCCUCGGAAGCGGCCAACCACAUCUAUCCGGGUCGAGCGGCGCCGCAACCAGAAGCAUCUGACACUGAUAGAUGCGAUGCGGAAGCUGGCCAAGAAACGCGAGGCAACGGCACAAAAGCAACAGCACGCUGCUUCGCUAGCUGCGGCCCGCAAGGCCAAUGAGGCACAACAACAACAACAACAACAACAACAACAACAACAGCAACAACAACAACAACAACAACAACAACAGCAGCAGCAGCAGCAGCAGCAGCAGCAGCAGCAGCAGCCUGCAGUGCCUCGUGGGCCCUCCAAGACACCCCGAGACUACAGCCUCAUGCGCUACGAGCGUGACCAACAACUCACCGAGAGGAUGGCUCAGUAUGCGCAAAAGCAGCAGCAGGAGGCGCAGAGAAAGGCCCAGGCACAAGCACUGGCAGCUCGGUCUCAAGGUGCGGCCCCGGCAGGCAACACGGCUGGGGGUGGAUCAUCAGGGGCCGUAAGCAUUGCUGGAGUCUCUGGCGCUGGCGGCGCGCCCGUAGGCGCCCCUGGUUUAAAUCCACAGGUUGCGGCUCACAUGGCAGCACAGAUGGCAGCAGCUGCCUCUGGGGCCGUGCGAUCUCCACACGUGGGUAACAUGGCAGCUCAACUUGCCGCAGGCAACCACCACGCACGAGUUAGGAUGCCAAUGGCUGUUGGGCAGAACGGUGUGUCGGGGAUGCACCAGGCCCACGGGUCUAGCAACCUUGCGCCUCCCGUGCAUGUCAAUGGCAUGCCACAGAUGCCGAUCCAGGCAGCACACCGCAUGCCUGUAACUCCGUCAACUCCAGCAGAGAUCAGCCUUCUCCUUCAGGCCCAGCGGAUCCAGAAUCAGCAGCGAUCUGUUCAGCUUCAGCAGCAGCAGCAGCAGCAGCAGCAGCAGCAACAACAGCAGCAACAUACCCAGAACCAGCAUCAUCAGCACCAGCCGCCGCCGCAACAAACCCAUGUCCCAGCUCACGGGCAACAGGGAAACCUGCCGAUGACACAAUCCCACUCGCAGCCUCCUCAGCAGCAAGCCCAACCCCAACAGAAAAAGCCGGCACCGGCGCAACCACAACCGCUUCCGCAGCAGAAGCAACAGCCUCACGCCCAAGUUCAGGGUCAAGCUCAGGGUCAAGCUCAGGGUCAAGCUCAGGGUCAAGCUCAGGGUCAAGCUCAGGGUCAAGCUCAGGGUCAAGCUCAGGGUCAAGCCCAAACUCAGGCUCAAUCUCAACCGCCACCAUCCCAACCACUCCCUCAACCACAAUCCCAAGCACAACUGCAACCGCCAGCCCAGCAACCAUCCCUGCAACAAAAACAGCAACAACUACAGCAGCAGCAGCAACCGUCACGUCAAGCACCGCCCCCAAUACAGCAGCAGCAAUCUCAGCCACAACACCAGUCGAAGCAAUCACAACAGCAACCACAACCUCGUCCUCAUGGGCCAAAGAUUCAGCCAGCACCGCAGAUGCUGCAGACACAGCAUCAGAACCACCACUUUUCCCACACAAAUGGGCAGGCGUCUCAGUCCGCGACCCAGCCCCAUCAGCGGGGUUCUCAAGGAUCACCACCGGUUAUGCGGGCGUCGGUCAAUGGGACGGCCCAGCCGCAUAACCAACAGAACUACAUCGCGAACGGACAGGUCAUGAUGGCGUUCAAUCCCCAGAAUGGGGGUGCUGUCGGCUCUCCUCUGGGUGUUGGUAGCCCCAGGGGGCACGGCGUCCAGCAGCAACAGCAGCAGCAGCAGCAGCAGCAGCAACAGGCGUCGUCAGCCGCGCUGGCCCACGUGGAGGCGCAGAUUCGGGCCAAGGCCCCUCAGAUGCCAGCAGAGCAGGUCCGUCAACUAGCGACGGCUUCGUUGGAGAAGCGCCUCGUGCAGCAGAGAAAUAACGCUAUGAGCGCCGCAGCGGGCUCUUCCCCGAAGCCUAUGGUCGGGUCAGGGGGGACUCCUCACCAGUACGCGCAGAUCCUGCUAGCCCAGCAGCAGCAGGCUGCCGCCGCCGUGCAGGUACAGCAGCACUCACAGGCCCGCCAGCCUAGCAGCGGCAGCUAGGCAGGCCUUCGGUUCGUCCUUGGGAUGGAACGGGUGUGCUUUGACAGGUGUUUCCCCGAGCCUCCUCUUGGUGUCUCGUUCACUCCGUGUCUAUUUUCAAAUACGCUACUUAGUCGGGUUAGACCGCUAGACCUGCUGGAGGUACGCUGGCCAGACUGCGCCGUUGGCCGCGAGCAGAGCAUUCAUAGAUCAUGGGUUGGUUGUGUUUUUUCUUGAUGCUGGAGCUUUCUCAAUGGCCGAGCCAAUGCGGCCGGCGGUUCGGCCGGCGGACUUAGACUAGGGCGACUGUGCAUAUUGUCUUGAAUAGCAGUUGUCGCUAUCCCGAAUAGAUUAAUAGAGCGGA